AACAGAUUUAAAAAAAUUAACCUGACGCAGUGACGUCUACAGCCACUUCCGCUCCUACAGGAAAAACACUCGUGAAGUUUGUGAACGGGGCCACGAGCAGGAGAUGGGCUGAACCGCACCACUUCAGCGAGAAUAAAACGACAGUUACUGAUAUCAGAGAGAGGGGGGAAUGAGUAGUGUGAAGAUAGGUGGACAUGCCUUACGUGGACCGGCAGAACCGCAUCUGCGGUUUCCUGGACAUCGAAGAAUUGGAGAACAGUGGCAAGUUCCUGCGACGGUAUUUCAUCUUGGACACGCAGCAGGGUAGUCUGGUCUGGUAUAUGGACAACCCGCAGAACCUGCCUGUAGGUGCCAAACACGUAGGUUCCCUCAGUCUCACCUACAUAUCCAAGGUCAGUGAUGCCACCAAACAGAGGCCAAAAGCUGAAUACUGCUUUGUCGUCAAUGCAGGAAUGAGGAAAUUCUUUCUGCAGGCUAAUGAUCAGCAGGAUCUUGUGGAAUGGGUCAACGCGCUCAAUAAUGCAACCAAAAUCACAGUUCCUAAGUCAUCUGAUGCUGUUCACUCUGAGAGUCAGAGGUUGGCUUCAAAUGGAAACAAGAAACAGGUCCCAUACAAGACCGAGAUCAUUGCAGGAGUGGCUGUCGUCACACAGACACAGCAGGAUGGAGAGGUGGGACACAGUGUUGGAGUAGAGAAGGUGGGCUUGAGGAAGGCUCAAAACCAUCCGCCAUAUUUGCACACUAGAGCAGGGCAGGAUCAGACUGUUAUUAAAGCAGGAUACUGCGUCAAACAGGGGGCUCUGAUGAAGAACUGGAAAAGGAGAUAUUUUGUUCUGGAGCAGAACUCAAUGAGUUACUUCAAGUCUGAACUGGAGAAGGAGCCUUUGCGGAUUAUUCUUCUGAAGGAGGUCCAUAAGGUGCAGGAGUGCAAACACAGUGAAAUAAUGAUGCGAGACAACCUCUUUGAAGUUGUCACAACCUCCAGAACAUUUUAUGUCCAGGCUGAUAGUCCAGAGGAGAUGCACAGCUGGAUCAAGGCUAUUUCAGGAGCCAUUGUGGCUCAGAGGGGCCCAGGCCGGUCCGCAGCCUCUAUGCGUCAGGCCAGAAGGCAUUCAAGCCCCUGUAUUCAGAGAUACACACCACGUGUCACUCAAGGCAGCACGUAUGAGUUCAUUGUUGGCGGCUACUGUUUCUACCGCCAGCACACGAGUCACGCCAUCUCCUGGACGUCCAUCCCUGCUGUGUCAGCAAACCCAGAAUGCCAUAGUCCCACGAGGCCUGGCAUGGGACAGCGAGCACUUCAUGAGCCUGCUGCCCCUGCCCCGCCCACAUGCCCGCCUGUCACUGCAAGAGACCCGCCUCUCCAAGUGACUCACGAAUCGCCGUGGCGACGACGUAGCAGCUUUGGAAUGUGUGACGCUCCUUUGCCCCAACUUGAUUUGGAUAGUGCGGAUCUUCCUGUCAGUGAGGUCUGACAGUUUUGCAUUAAACUUUUACAACUGACCCUGAAAUAUUAAGGUGUGUGUGCCGAGUCUAGGUGAUGGAAGGAUGAUUUGGGGAUGGAUGACCAGGCGUUCGGAUCCAAACUGAUUCGACCCGACCUGUUGACCAAAUUCUGAACUUUUUAAACAGGUUAUGUCGGAUAAAAAGCUUCAGUCAUGUUCAUCUAAAACAGGAGCACUACCACAAUGAUUCAGACACCAAAGAUUCUUCAAAGUACCUCCUAACCUUUGAGCGUCUAUUGAAAAGUGCUGAAAGAAAAGAAACAUUUGAGGAAUAUGGAUUAAAUAUCACCUAAACUGAAAUUGUUUCUGGGACUGUGUAGGAGGAAGUGAAAAUUUGUGCUAUCCCAUGGAUUGGAAUUUGGAAAAGGCUGUUUGAGUGCUUGUGAGAAGUGAUUCCUGUUAAUAUCCAAGAAUUCCCCUUUACUGAGCAUUACUGAACAUACUUCAUUUUUCCUGUGGGUUUUUUUUCUGUACAGUUUCCUAUUUUUAAAAGUUAUUCUAUGUGCUGUUAACGUGACUAAUUUGAUCCUGUGGACUAAACUGGGGGUUUAUUUUGACUGACAUCUUUUAUCCACACUUACACAUAUGGGUGAAUUCUUGUAGCUGCGAUAUUAUUGUUUGUCUCUUGCUUCGCUAAACGAUGAAUCAAAUGCACAGUUUAUUUAAUAACUCAAUGUGUUGGAUACAGUUAAGCCGAGUAGACUAAUGCUGAAUAAUCUGCCCACAUCCCUGUCGUUUUCUGGCAUUCUGGGUAUGACUGUACAUGUCUGACCAUAUGAGUGAGAGUUUGCUGUUGAUUGUUCAUUUUGUUUUUUUGUGAGUUGUUGGGAUUUGAGUAUGACUACUAUGAUGAAAUGCUUUUCAGUGUAUGUUUAUCUUUGCACUGAUUCAAUUUUGCUCUCCGUCUAAAAAAGUGCCUGCGUCUUUUUCUCUCAAAGGUCUGGCAGUUUUAACCCGUUUUUUUUUGUGUGUGUGUGCUGUAACCAUUUUAAUCUUGUUUGUUUAUAUUAUUUAUUAUAAGAAAAAGCAAUAAACCAAGUCUGAAUUUA